CAAGGCAGAAGGCGGUGGAAACUCUCGAGGAGAAAAAGCUUCAGAUAGUGUACACUCUUGUCUCAAGUGAUGGCUCGACAGGAUUAGACUUUGAGAACACAUUUCCGACCAGAGGGGAUUUUGUACACUUUGACCUUUGAUCUCUGACCUCAAGUGCGUAGGGGUCAACCAACACAGGCAGUGAAGUGACCAUAAGUGACCGGAAGUGACAGAAGAAGGAGUGGGUGAGAGGAAGAAGAGAGAAGACGAAGAGAACGAGAGGCUUAUUAAUUUGUUCGUGGAUUAUGAAAGGAGGGCUAUUGAAGGACUAUAAGAGGAGUGUUGCUCAUACUAUGGAGGGAUUUCGUGGUCUUUAGGUGGACUUAGAAUCGGUACAUUCUCCUUUCUGUGAGUGACAGAAGAAGUGAAAGAAUAAGUGACUGAUUCAAGAUUAUUAGAGAUUGUUUACCUAAUUCUUCCGUGAGUGACAGACGGUGGCAGUAUUAUUAAAGCGGAUUCCUUCACCCAAUUUGUGAGUGAAAGAAGGAGGCAGAAUUGGAGCGCAUUCGUUCAUCCAGUCUGUGAGUGACAGAAGGAGGGAAGCAGGAUUGAAGCGGAUUCAUUUACCCAAUCUGUGAGUGAAAGAAGGUGGCAGGAUUGAAAAAUGUCUUCCCGCUGGAGUCCCUCCUCUUUCUUCUCUUUCCUUCUUCUCUCCACCACACUCUUCCUCCUCCUCCUCCUCCUCCUCCCCCUCCCAGUCAUCCAAGCGACCAGCGCUCAGCAGACCAUCUCAUCCUCCUCAAACUUCGCACAGCACAACGACAACAACAACUACAGCAACAACAAUAACAGGAAAAACAGCAAUAGUUACAAGAUGGAAACCAACGCCAGCAACAACAAUAACAAAAACAGCAACAGCAACAGCAACAACAGCAAAACCAACAACAACGAAGACGACGGCGAAGAAGAAAAAGGAGAAGAAGAUGAACACCAACCCCUCUUCCUCACCCCUCUCCUCAACUCGGGGCAGGCGGAAAAAGCGCGCGAACUGAGUCACGUGAAGGGCGACGACCUUCCCAGCAGCCACUCGGGCUACUUGACUGUAGACGAGGUCAAAGGUCACCACCUGUUCUUCUGGUUCUUCCCCUCCCCCCGGGACACCCCCAACACGCCCCUCCUCCUCUGGCUCAACGGAGGCCCUGGCGCCUCCUCCAUGCUGGGCCUAUUUCUGCUCAACGGACCGCUAGAGGCCAGGCUCGGGGAGGAGGGGGAGGAGGGUCCUCAGUUCAUCAAGAGAAACGCCUCGUGGGUGGGGCCUUUCUCCAUGCUCUACGUGGAUCAGCCGGUGGGGGCUGGAUACAGUUUCUCAUCCAGCGGCUCCGCCACCUACCCCAAAGACCAGGACGAGUACACCGAAGAGCUCUACACCUUCAUCCACCAGUUCUACGCCCUCUUCCCCUGGCUACACCAGCGAGCACUCUACCUCGGGGGCCAAUCAUACGCCGGCAAGUAUGUGCCAGCCCUGGCCUACAAACUCCACCAAGACAUCGUGGCUGGCUCACAUGUUCUCCCGCUGGUGGGCGUGUACGUGGGCGGGGCUUUUUUCGACCCGCCCACAAUGCUGGAGAGCUUCUUCAAGCUGCCCUACGCUUUGGGUAUCUUGAGCCACAGCGAUCUGUGUCAUAUGACGUCAGCUGUUAGAGACCUGUACCAGGAUUACCUCCUCACGGGGUUGGUUAACGAAACUUUUUCUUCCGUUGCAGAAGUGAUGUUCCCUCUUCAGAUCAGGAGAGGAAUCAAUCUGUAUAACUUUGUGAACCACAUGGAUCGACUGCGAUACGAGAAGGUGGUGAAUCACAUCAUGACGUCCCCGGACAUGCGCAGACAGCUGCACGUGGGAACUAGGACGGACUUCCGGUCCAUCAACACGGCGCUCCUCGUGUGGUAUUUCCUAGACGGCUUCCGGAGCACCAAGCGAGAGCUGGCCGUCCUCAUGGACAACUACAAGGUGCUGUUGUUUAACGGGAACUACGACGCUAUCGUGAGCGCCGUGAUGACGGAAGAGGCGCUGCUGUCCACCCCGUGGUCACUCCAGGCCACUUAUAACGGCAGCACGCGCGAGGUGUGGCGGGAAGGGGACACGCUCCUGGGAUACUACACCAGGGUGGGUGACCUGUGCAGGGUCAUAGUCCACGGGGCGGGUCACAACACGCCGUACGAUCGGCCGGACGCCUCCCUCAAGAUGAUCAAAGCGUUCGUCUUUCAGGGCUGUCUCGGUCCAGAUCCUCCCUCCUCCUCCUCUUCUGAAUCCAGCACUCCACCCUCCUCCUCCUCCCCCUCCUCCUUCUCUUUUUCUUUGUCCUCUUCUUCCUCUAAUUCUUCUUCCUCCUCCUCCCCCUCCUCCUCCUCACCCUCCUCCUCAUCAGAACGUAUCGCCUCGUCCAUUUGUUAUGCUGUGUGGUCUGUUGUUUUAUUCGGAUAUUUUCUAUUCACCUAAGCCCUGGCGGAAAUUGUGUAUG